AUGCCCUGCUCUCUCUCCUUGGGUAACGACCCCCUCCCAACGACCCAGUCCCAACGACCCAGUCCCAACGACCCAGUCCCAACGACCAAGUCCCAACGACCCAGUCCCAACGACCCAGUCCCAAUGACCCAGUCCCAACGACCAAGUCCCAACGACCCAGUCCCAACGACCCAGUCCCAACGACCAAGUCCCAACGACCCAUGGCCCCCUCCCAGUAGCCCCCUCCCAGUAGCCCCCUCCCAACGGCCCCCUCCCAGUAGCCCCCUCCCAGUAGCCCCCCUCCCAACGGCCCCCUCCCAACGGCCCCCUCCCAGUAGCCCCCUCCCAACGGCCCCCUCCCAACAGCCCCCUCCCAACAGCCCCCUCCCAACAGCCCCCUCCCAGUGGCCCCCUCCCAGUAGCCCCCCUCCCAACGGCCCCCUCCCACCCCCUCCCAACGGCCCCCUCCCAGUGGCCCCCUCCCAACGGCCCCCUCCCAGUAGCCCCCCUCCCAACGGCCCCCUCCCACCCCCUCCCAACGACCCCCUCCCAGUGGCCCCCUCCCAACGACCCCCUCCCAGUGGCCCCCUCCCAACGACCCCCUCCCAACGGCCCCCUCCCAGUGGCCCCCUCCCAACGGCCCCCCUCCCAGUAGCCCCCUCCCAACGACCCCCUCCCAACGGCCCCCUCCCAGUGGCCCCCUCCCAACGGCCCCCUCCCAGUAGCCCCCCUCCCAACGGCCCCCUCCCAGUAGCCCCCUCCCAGCACACACAGACGUGCGCUGAAAGGUCAUUCCUAUAA